AUUAGACUAUUUUCCUCACAAACAAGCCAUGGCUGUGGAUGUAGCAAUGCAGCUAUAUCUAUGCUCUUCGCCCUUGCGGAGAGAGAAGUGUGCCUGCAAAAUUGCUCCAAAGCCAAGCAAGCCGUUGCGGCCCUGCAUCCAACUGAGUAGCAAGACUGUGCUGAAUGGACCAGAAGAGGCAGCAAAUUCCUUCACACACAACAAAGUGAAGAAGAGAGUGUCGUUUGCAGAUAGCAGGGGCUUCUCUCUGACAAUGGUGAAGGUGUUCUCGGAGUUUGAUGAUCCGCUAGAUAUUCCUUUCAACAUCACCGAGCUGAUAGACAACAUUGUGGGCCUGACAACAGUGGAGAGGGACAGCUUUGUCCUGGAUUUUGUUCAGCCCUCUGUGGACUACCUGGACUUCAGAAACCGCCUCCAGGCAGAUUGUGUCUGCCUUGAAAACUGUAUGCUAAAGGAGCGGUCCAUUGUGGGAACAGUGAAGGUGAGGAACCUCGCUUUUGAAAAGACUGUGAAGAUCAGGAUGACAUUUGACACCUGGAAAAACUUUGUAGAUUACCCAUGCCAGUAUGUCAAGGAUAUGUAUGGAGGGUCAGAUCGGGACACGUUUUCCUUUGACAUCAGCUUGCCCGAGGGAAUUCAAUCCCACGAAAGAGUAGAGUUUGCCAUCUCCUUUGAGUGCAAUGGGAAGAUGUACUGGGACAGCAACAGGGGCACAAAUUACAGGAUCAUACGGUCAGAACUGAAGUCUGCCCAGGAAACUGUCCGCGCCCCACGAGGCCCUGACUUUGGCAGCGCCUUUGACCAGUUCGGGAGCCCUCGGUGCUCCUACGGCCUUUUUCCCGAGUGGCCCAGCUAUUCGGGCUAUGAGAAGCUAGGGCCUUACUAUUGACCCAAGGACAAAGUCCUGAUUGACUAACUGUUGCUGGUGUGUCUGCAGGCCCGGGAGCUGGUCUGAACGUGAGGCGUACAGAAGGGUGGAAGAAGUAUGGCUCCAUGUAGCUCUGCAUAAG